ACAGAGCAUGCCUCUCAGUCCGACAGCCAGGAAACAUGAGGAGGAGCAGCAGCAGAACACUUGCAACUGCAGCGAGGGUGAAGAGGAGGAGAGUUUCAGCAGAGAGGACACCAUCUACCACACCAUCAGGACGAGUGCAGCAGCCAAAACCGGCCACCAAAUGGACAACCCCGCGCCCAGCACUGUAGUCAUUCGCAUUGGGGUACCUGACCUGGAGCAGACGAAAUGUAUGAGGUUCAACCUCGAUGCUCCCGUGUGGGUGUCUAAGCAACGAAUUCUGUGCACUCUCAACCAGACGCUGAAGGAUGUACUAAACUAUGGGCUCUUUCAACCAGCAUACAACGGGAGGGUGGGGAAGUUUCUGGAUGAAGAACGUCUGCUCCGAGACUACCCGACACCCCCUGACACUCCCAUACCAUACCUAGAGUUCCGGUAUAAGAAACGAGUAUACAGCCAGAGUCAUAUAGAAGAGAAACAGCUGGCCAAGCUGCACACAAAGGCAAAUCUCAAGAAGUUCAUGGAAUACAUCCAGUACUAUCAUGCUGAGAAGAUCGGUAAGAUGCUGGAUAAAGGAUUGGACCCUAACUUCCAUGAUCCAGACACAGGAGAAUGUCCACUGACAUUGGCUGCACAGCUGGAGAGCACGUCUGAGAUUAUCAAGUUGCUGAAAAAUGGUGGAGCUCAUCUGGACUUCAGGACUCGGGAUGGAUUAACAGCUUUACACAAGGCCGUGCGAUGUCGGAACCACACUGCGCUAAUAACCCUGUUGGAUUUGGGCGCUUCUCCAGAUUACAAGGACAGCCGGGGGUUGACGCCUUUGUAUCACAGUUCGAUGGUGGGCGGAGACCCUUAUUGCUGUGAACUGAUUCUGCAUGACCAUGCUAAUGUUGGCUGCAUGGAUGAGAAUGGAUGGCAAGAAAUCCAUCAGGCCUGUCGGUAUGGACACGUGCAACAUCUGGAACACCUGCUGUUUUACGGAGCAGACAUGAGCACUCAGAAUGCCUCAGGGAACACCGCUCUGCACAUCUGUGCACUCUACAAUCAGGAGAGCUGUGCGAGGGUCCUUUUAUUUCGAGGAGCGAACAAAGAAGUUAAGAAUUACAACAGCCAGUCUGCAUUCCAGGUUGCCAUUAUAGCUGGGAACUUUGAACUGGCCGAAAUUAUCAAGAAUCACAAGGAAGCCGACGUUGUGCCUUUCAGAGAGACCCCAAGCUAUACCAACAGGCGACGAACUGGAGGAACUGCCCUCUCAUCCCCACGCACACUGCUGCGAUCUACCAGUGACAACAAUAUCAACAACCUCCCAAGUCGCACCUCCCACUCGCCUGUCCCAUCCCUCAGGAGCCUGCCGCCGCAGUUACUGAUGCAAAGAGUGCAGGAGGGAAGGGAUCGACAUCACAACCCUCCUCAGAGUAGCGAUGUUAACGGACCCGGUCACGGAGGAUGUGGGAAGGGGCGGCCCCCGGGCCCGGGUCGGGGUCCGGGUCCGGGUCCGGGACUGGGUCCUGAGCCGAACACAACCCCGGCUGCCGUGCACAGAGGACCCAAGCGCAAACUGUACAGUGCGGUUCCGGGACGGACCUUCAUCGUGGUGAAGCCCUACCAGCCCCAGGGAGAGGGUGAGAUCCUGCUGCACCGAGGGGAGCGAGUCAAAGUGCUGAGCAUUGGUGAAGGAGGAUUCUGGGAAGGGACAGUGAAAGGUCGGACUGGCUGGUUUGCUGCAGAAUGCGUGGAGGAGGUACAAAUGAGACAGUACAACACACGGCAAGAAACACGUGAAGACCGGACAAAGCGACUCUUCAGGCAUUACACAGUUGGAUCCUAUGAUAACUUUUCAUCUCACAGUGAUUAUGUCAUCGAGGAGAAGACAGCAGUGCUUCAGAAGAAGGAGAACGAGGGAUAUGGCUUUGUCCUCCGAGGAGCUAAAGCGGAGACUCCAAUUGAAGAGUUCACCCCCACACCAGCGUUCCCAGCUCUGCAAUACCUGGAAUCUGUGGAUGUGGAGGGAGUGGCAUGGAAAGCUGGGCUCAGGACAGGAGAUUUCCUGAUUGAGGUAAACAAUGUCAACGUGGUGAAGGUUGGACACAAGCAGGUGGUCUCCAUGAUCCGACAGGGAGGGAAUAACUUGCUGAUGAAAGUGGUGACAGUCAGCCGAAAGCCGGAACUGGAGGACGGAAUGAGGAAAAAAGCCCCACCACCCCCGAAGAGAGCGCCAAGUACCACACUGACUCUGCGUUCCAAAUCCAUGACUGCUGAACUCGAGGAACUAGCCUCUGUACGCAGAAGGAAAACGGAAAAAUUGGAUGAGAUCCUUGCAGCAGCUGAUCGCUCAGCCAGGACAGAGAAUGUGGCAGCAGACUCCCGAGCUGCGACGGUCAAACAGCGGCCUACAAGCAGGCGUAUCACACCAGCAGAGAUCAGUUCACUAUUUGAGCGUCAAGGUAUGUCCUCAAAGUCAACGCCACCAUCUGUACCAGAGAAACCACACGUCUCAAUGCCUAGAGGAAUGUCAAGGACAAAAUCUAUAGGAGCCUCUGAGGAUGAUAAACUGUCAGUCUCAGCCAUGGAGGGAAGGUUUUCACGCAGCACAUCCAUGCAAGACACUCUCCGGGAAGGACUGGGUAUACCCCCGCCUCCUCAGAUAGCCCCUCCCCCACCACCCUCCCCAUACCUUUUAGAUACAGGCCCUCCUCCUCCUUUCUCCCCACCUCCACCCCCAGGACGAACUUAUGACAAUGUGCGUUCCAGCUUUAAGCCCAACACUGAAGCGAAAAUUCAUGGGGGGCAGCAGGCGGUGACAUCAGCGGAGGUCUAUGAGCCAAGUCGGACUCCUGUGCCCCCAGUAGAAAGGCAGAAAAGAGCCAGGUCAAUGAUAAUCCUGCAGGAUUCGUCCUACUAUCCCAUAGAGCCAACAGACAUCCCCUGGCCCGGCCCCUCACCAACCUCUCAAGAGAAAAGCAAACGGAAAGCAAAGAUGGUCGACAACCCAUAUGCAAAUGUGGGCCAGUUCAACGUGGGCCUUUUUGCGCCAACAAAGCCACUUCGUAAGAAAAGCCCUCUGGUCAAACAGUUCCAGGUUGAAGACGCAAUAGAGAGGGCAUCAGCAGCUGGUUCUUCUGUGGCUGGCAAGGAGUUAUUAGCCAGGAGGAUAGCACAACACUCUGGAAAAGAGUAUGAGCAGCAGCAGAGAGAGGGAAUCAGCAAAGUGCAGGAGGAUGGACAAGAUCUGGCCAGCCCUUUUUCUGUCGCCAUUGCAGGAGCAGUACGGGACCGAGAGAAAAGGUUGGAAGAGAAGAGGAAAUCAACAGUCUUCCUUUCUGUAGGUGCCAUUGAAAGCGACACAGCACCCAACAUCCCAGCUCUGCAACAGUCCAGGUCAGUUGAUGAGAGACUACUGAGUAGCAGUGACAGGUCUCUCCGAUCGCCAAUCCCAUCACCUGUCUCCUCCUCAAGACCACCAGCAAGCACACCUGUGACUUUUAUACAUCCCCUCACAGGGAAGCCGCUGGAUCCCAAUUCACCACUGGCACUUGCGCUGGCCGCAAGGCAGCGGGCAUUGGUUGCCGAAACACAACAUCAGCGGGCGGCCGGAAGCAGUGAAACUGUAAAAGCUCAGGAGAGAAACGCCCCUCUGUACACGGAGAGCCACAGCAAAGAGGCAAAGAAAACAGAAGUCGAGGGCCUCACAUCACCUCCCUUCUCUCCAGAGGACAAAGCAAGCUACAAAAUAGAAACUAGACCAGGGCAGGUAGAAAAACCAGAACGAGAAGAGAAGAGAGUGGAAGAGAAGAAGAGUAUGCUUAUCAACAUAGUGGAUACAUCACAACAGAAAACAGCAGGUCUGCUGAUGGUCCAUGCAACGAGUAAUGGACAAGAGUCAGAACUUCAAGAAACUCCAACGACUGCCUUGAAGCCAUCAUCACCACAGCCUCAACCGUCCCCUACCGAGACACUCGCUUCUCAGCCUCCCAGUGCUGUUUCUGAGCCUCCACCUACUGAAGCACCUGGGAAAACCCAAACUCAAGGAAGUUCUGAUGAAGAUGUGGAGCCAUUUGCCAUUUCUCUCCCUCCACUGCUGUCCUCAAGCGACGAGGAAACAAGAGAAGAACUUGCAAAGAUUGGGCUUGUGCCACCUCCUGAUGAAUUUGCAAAUGGCAUCUUCAUCCAAGCCGAGGCUGAAAAAACUGCCAGCCAUCCCAGUAGACCUCCAACGGCAGCACCUUCAACUACUGGCAUUUCACCCUCAGGGAAGCCUUCAGAUGCCCCACCUUCAGAAGCAAGCGUGGACUCGGGUGUAGAAGAAAUAGACACGAGAAGCAGUAGUGAUCAUCACCUGGAAACCACAAGCACGAUUUCAACCGUCUCCAGCAUGUCCACAUUGUCGUCAGAGAGCGGAGAGCCCUUGGACACAUACACAUCAUUUGCUGAUGGACAGACCUUCAUACUCGAGAAGCCUCCAGUGCCUCCAAAGCCAAAGCUAAAGUCCCAACUCAACAAAGGGCCAGUCACAUUCAGGGACCCUCUCUUGAAGCAGACCUCAGACAGUGAGCUUGUUGCCCAACACCAGCCGUCCGCGCUGCCCCCCGGCGUAGGACGGUCUCGCUACCUCAUACAGAGAAAGUCCAAGUUGUGGGGGGAUGCCGUUGAGCCCAGGCCCAUUCAGAUGGUUGAGGGCAGCAAACCCACUGUAAUAAGCGAGCUGAGCUCCAGGCUGCAGCAAUUAUCUAAGGAUACUCACUCACUCGGGGACGAGCCGUCAACAGCCUCUCUAGAAAUAGGAAAGAGGUCACCUGUUGUCACUGCACGACUUUUCAGUAGUUUAGGAGAGCUGAACACGAUAUCCCAGCGGAGCUUUGGGGCGACAUUCACCAUCCGUCCUGGCUCUAGGCAGCCUGUCACCCGCCGGGCCCCGAGCCCUGGGAAGCCCGGCGUCGAAUCAAGGACAGAAGCCGGCAUCAGCUCGCCGAGGCCCUCACCACUCUCCACCCCGACGCAGACCCCCCCCACCAUCCUGAAAUCUUCCAGCCUCAACAUUCCCCAUGAGCCGAAGGAGGUGCGGUUUGUGGUGCGGAGCGCCAGUGCUCGCAGCCGAUCCCCAUCUCCCUCCGGCGUCGCCAUGCAUUCCUUGCUCCCCCCUAAGCCCUUCUGCCAGAAACCCAUGGCGAUGUGGAACAAGUACGACGUAGCGGACUGGCUCGACAGUCUGAACCUAUCAGAACACAGAGAGAGCUUCUUACACAAUGAAAUAGAAGGCUCCCACCUACCCGCCUUGACAAAAGAUGACUAUGUGGAACUUGGAGUCACAAGAGUGGGACAUCGAAUGAACAUCGAACGGGCGUUGAAACAUUUUAUAGACAGCUAGCUCCACUGGUGGGGGAGAGGAGGGGGUGGGUGGGGC